AUGGCCUUUUUGUUGCCCCCCCCCCGCCACCCUCCACCCACCCGUGCGCACCCCUCCCGCACGCAUCCCUCCUGUGCGCGCGCAGCCCCCCCCCAACCAACCCGCCACCCCAACCCGCCACCCCAACCCGCCACCCCAACCCGCCACCCCAACCCGCCACCCCCCCUCCACCCCCCCUCCACCCGCGCGCACCCCUCCCGCACGCAUCCCUCCUGUGCGCGCGCAGCCCCCCCCCCCCCCGCGGAAGCCACUUUGCGGGAGCCAGCAACUGCAGCCACGGCAACACAGAGUACGCAGGCCAGUGAGGGCAGGAAGAAGGGCAAACAACGGCAGACGGCAUCCAGGGCAGUUGUGCACCUAUCCCACUGCUCUAUUUGUGGGUCCUGCGAUCAUCGGGCACCAACAUGUCCUCAGAGGACUGCCCCGAGUGACGCUGACCAGCGCAAAGCCAAGGAUGCCGCCUUGGAGAAAAACCGCCGCAAGGCGCGUCUCGUUGCCCGUUUGAAAUACACGGCCCUGCAUCAGCGCAGCACGGACUACAUCAACAAGUCCAGGCAGCGGAGUCGGGCGACCCUGUCCAGGGACUUCCUUACAUUUGCCCGGAUGAGUCCCAUGGAGCUAGCGCUGGCCCUCAUCGAGGAUGGUCUCCUCCAGAAUCUGGAAGGAACAAGCUGCACCAAUCCAAAGUGCGGCGAGCAGAAGGGCUUCGGCGGCGAGUCCACCCUCGGGCCGCUUCGUCAAGGGCAGAAAAACGAGCCCAACAUGACGCGCAGAGCCGUUCACUACCGCUGCCAGUGCUGCCGCAAGCGAGUGACAGUCAGCGCGGGGAACCCGCUUUUUGUGGGCAGCGGAGCAGGGCAGCACUCCAUGUCCCUGACCAUCCUGGCCUUCUGGAACUGUGUGGAAGGGAUUUCAAUUACCCACACAGUUCAUCAGCUCGCCGUGGACGAGAAGGUCGUGUCGAGGCUUUUUGGCUGUGCUUACAAGAAUGACUAUAUGUGGUAUCGCACGGCCCGGCAAAUUAUGGUCUGGGACAUCCUCCGCUUGCAGGACGCCAUGAUCUUCGGCAAGGGCAGCGAGACCAUCGAUGUCGAAGCUGACGAGUCCCAAUUCCAGAGCUGGAGCAUCGUCAAUGAUUCCUCCGGGGCCAGGACGUAUUACUGGCACGUCUGGUUGGGCGUCAUUCAGAGGGGCAACCCUUCGAAUUUCUACUUGGAGAGCCUGGGGGUGACUGUGUCGCAUGGCGAGCCCCGUGUUCCUCCACUCACCGCAGCCGCUUGGCGAAAAACCUGCGAGAAGGUAUUCGAUGAGGAUGCGAAUGUCGUGCUCAUGACCGACUCCGCACAGGCCUACGCUUCCGUGGACGUUCCUGGCAUUGUGGAAAAGCACACUGUGAAUCACAGUGAGCACGAGUUCUCUCGCUCGGUUUCAGUGCUGCAAAAUGUUUCCACACGGGAGCGGAGGCCCGGCAUGGCGGGCACGCAGUUGGUCGACAGGGAGUGGGGGCACCUCAAAGAUCUGUUGCCACAUAGCCUUUCAGCACGGACGGAGGAGGAGCGUGCCCGUUAUGCCGAGUACAUUCGGGAGGCGCAGUGGAAACGGGUUCUACACACCAGCGACAGAUGGCAGCGCUUCUGUGUGGCGGCCAGGGACUAUAUGCAAGCAGAUUCCAGAGCCGUGGUGGUUUACACAGGAAGUUUGUCUGUUUUGACGGACAGGUACUUCGAAAGCCAGGAAGCGGGCCGCUGCGGCAUGCACGCUCUCAACAACUGCCUGGGACAGCAAGUCUUCGCCGCGGAGGAUUUGGAGACAGUGGCAGUUGCCGUCGUGGAAGAGACGGGUAGGACCCAGUGUACGGUUGCACCGGGGGGGCAGCAACCACAACCAAGCAGGCCAUGGGGCCCCAGUGUACGGUUGCACGGGGGGGGCAGCAACCACAACCAAAACGGCCAUGGGGCCCCAGUGUACGGUUGCACCUUGUUGUUGUCGUCGUCGUCGUCGUUGUUGUUGUUUUUGUCAUUUUGGGGUUGUUAUACAUUACAAAACAGUACCCUAAACCCUAAACCCUAUUACUUGUUGCUCAGACCAUGGUGUGUGAGCCUCAUGGAUUGGGGUUGA